UGGGGCGACAUCGCCAAGGAGUUUCACUGGAAGACGCAGCCCUCGGCGCCCUUCCUGCGCUACAACUUCGACGUGACCAAGGGCAAGAUCUUUGUGGAAUGGAUGAAAGGGGCCACGACCAACAUCUGCUACAACCUGCUGGAUAGGAACGUCCAUGAGAAGAAGCUUGGGGACAAAGUUGCUUUCUACUGGGAAGGGAAUGAGCCUGGGGAUUCUGCGAAAAUCACAUACAAUGAGUUGCUGCACCAAGUCUGUCAGUUUGCCAAUGUUCUCCGCAGCCAAGGCGUGAAAAAAGGAGACCGUGUUUCCAUCUACAUGCCGAUGAUCCUGGAGCUGGUGGUAGCCAUGCUUGCCUGUGCCAGGAUCGGGGCUCUUCAUUCCAUUGUGUUUGCAGGUUUCUCAGCAGACUCUCUCUGUGAGCGGAUCCUGGACUGCGGUUGUUCACUCCUCCUCACUGCAGAUGCCUUUUAUCGAGGGGACAAGCUGAUUAGCUUGAAGCAGAUUGCAGAUGAAGCUCUGCAGAAAUGUAAAGACAAGGGCUCCCCUUUGGCAAAGUGCAUCGUGGUCAAGCACAUGGGGAGGGGAGAACUAGCGGAGGACGGGACGUGCAGCAAGUCACCCCCGCUCAAAAGGCUCUGCCAGGAUGUGCAGACCCCCUGGGAUCCCGCCACGGACGUGUGGUGGCACGAGCUGAUGAGCAGCGCCAGCACGGAGUGCGAGCCCGAGUGGUGCGAUGCAGAGGACGAGCUCUUCAUCCUCUACACCAGUGGCUCAACCGGGAAACCCAAGGGUGUUCUGCAUACAGUGGGUGGAUACAUGCUCUUUGCAGCCACCUCUUUUAAAUAUGUGUUUGAUUACCACCCCGAGGAUAUCUACUGGUGCACAGCUGACAUCGGAUGGAUAACAGGCCAUUCGUACAUCACUUACGGACCCCUGGCAAAUGGGGCAACUAGUGUGUUAUUUGAAGGUGUCCCCACCUAUCCAGACAUCGGCCGAAUGUGGAGCAUCGUUGACAAGUACAAGGUGACCAAGUUCUACACGGCGCCCACAGCCAUCCGGCUGCUGAUGAAACACGGGGAGGAGCCCGUCAAAAAGCACAGCAGGAAGUCUCUGAAGGUGAUGGGGACGGUCGGGGAGCCCAUCAACCCUGAGGCCUGGCUGUGGUACUACCGCGUGGUGGGAGAAGAGAGGUGUCCCAUCGUGGACACGUUCUGGCAGACGGAGACGGGUGGCCACAUGCUGACGCCGCUCCCUGCUGCCACCCCCAUGAAGCCGGGCUCUGCUACGUUCCCCUUCUUCGGCGUGGUCCCCGCCAUCCUGAACGAGUCGGGAGAAGAGCUGGAAGGAGAAGCAGAAGGCUACCUGGUGUUUAAACAGCCCUGGCCAGGAAUAAUGCGCACAGUGUAUGGAAACCACCAGCAAUUUGAAACCACCUACUUCAAGAAGUUCCCUGGGUACUACGUGACGGGCGAUGGUUGCAGGAGAGAUAAAGAUGGUUAUUACUGGAUCACAGGACGAAUUGAUGACAUGUUGAAUGUUUCUGGCCACUUGCUGAGCACUGCGGAGGUGGAGUCGGCCUUGGUGGAGCACGCGGCCAUCGCAGAGGCCGCGGUGGUCAGCCACCCGCACCCCCUCAAAGGCGAGUGCCUCUACUGCUUUGUGACGCUGAGAGAUGGCCACGAGUUCACCAAGAACCUGACAGAGGAGCUGAAAAAACAAGUCCGAGAAAGAAUUGGACCGAUAGCAACACCCGAUUACAUCCAGUACGCCCCCAGCCUGCCCAAAACGCGCUCAGGAAAGAUUACCAGAAGGAUAUUAAAGAAGAUUGCCCAAAAUGACCAAGAUCUGGGGGACAUCUCCACCCUGGCGGACCCAGAUAUCAUAAACCACCUUUUCAAGAACAGAUGUGACACUAAACUGUAGCAGCAUGACCUGUCCCUGAUGAACAGAACUGCC